UUUGCGUCUGUUCGACUACAUCGGCGGUCGAUUACUUUUGCCUUGAUAGCUGAAAGUCGUGUUGCUGGGUGGAUUGCUCUGUAAUCUUUACCUCGUGAUCACCACCUUGUUUACUGUUCAUCAAUCAACGGUGAGGUACAUCUGUUCAGAGGGCUUUUACAGCAAACCAGAGAGAAUCCGCCAAAGACCGACACACACCGAAGAGGCUACCAUGACCGCCCGGCUAUGAGACAUCUGGAGCCAUGGCGGCUUGGCACCGGAUAACCGCCCUAUCUUCGCUGCUCCAAGUCGGGUUGUUAUUGUUGUUAUUUUCGACUCGGAGCAGCGGGAGAACGGUGGAGAAAUGUCUCGGUGGCAAAUUGUGUCAGCCCCCGAGACCCCCCGUGGUCCUCAUUCCGGGGGAUUUGGGAAACCAGUUGGAGGCAAAGCUGGAUAAACCCAGUGUGGUCCAUUACAUCUGCUAUAAGAAGACGGACUUCUUCACUUUGUGGCUCAACCUGGAGCUGCUGAUCCCUGUAGCCAUUGACUGUUGGAUUGACAACAUAAGGCUUAUCUACAACAGUACCACACACAGCAGCUCGUCCCCCCCGGGUGUGGAAAUCCGUGUCCCUGGAUUCGGACAGACGUAUUCUUUGGAGUAUCUGGACCCCAGUAAACGUAGUGUGGGCAUUUAUUUCUUCACUAUAGUGCAGGCGAUGGUAGAGUGGGGCUACACCAGAGAUGAUGAUGUCAGAGGAGCGCCCUAUGAUUGGAGGAAAGCCCCCAAUGAAAAUAAGGAGUAUUUCCUGGCGCUGCAGAAGAUGAUUGAAGAGAUGGCGGAGAAGGCAGGAGGGCCCGUGGUGCUCAUUGCUCACAGCAUGGGCAACAUGUACACCCUGUACUUCCUCAACCAGCAGCCACAGGCCUGGAAGGACCGAUACAUCAAAGCAUUCAUCUCUCUGGGAUCACCGUGGGCCGGGGUGGCCAAGACCCUCCGGGUGCUCAUCUCUGGUGAUAAUAACCACAUCCCGGUGAUCAGCCCGCUGAAGAUUCGCUCCCAACAACGUUCUGCUGUCUCCACCUCCUGGCUGCUGCCCUACGCCCACUCCUGGGCCAAAGAUCAGGUGUUGGUGCAGACCCCCACCACCAACUACACCGUGCUGGACUACCAGCGCCUCUACAAGGACAUCGACUUCGAGGACGGCUGGAUGAUGCGGCAGGACACGGAGCCACUGGUGGCCGACUUCAGACCCCCCGGCGUGGCCGUCCACUGCCUGUACGGCAGCGGCAUCCCCACGCAGGCCAGCUUCCAGUACACUGACAAGUUCCCCGACGUGGAGCCCACGGUGGUGAUGAGCGACGGGGACGGGACGGUCAACCUGCAGAGCGCCACGCAGUGUGGCCGCUGGGUGGGGGGGCAGAAACAGCCCGUGAUGUUGAAGGAGCUCGACGGGAACGAGCACGUGGACAUGCUGCUGAACUUCACCACCGUGGCUUACAUCAAGGACGUGCUGUUCUCCCCAUAAUGCUGGCAGGAAGUGACACGUCUCUCCGGACAGUGACUGCUAAUGUAUUCUUGUGUACACCACUAUGCUUUAGAAAACAUUGUUACAUUUAAAAGAAAACUGAUUUUAACUUAAUUUUAUAUACUGAAAAAUCUGAAAAGUUGACUAAUGAAAUGUAUUGUCAACAAAUUACACAUAAUUGUAUUAGGUUAGUUGAUAUUAGGUUCAACAUAAAGGUAGGGUAGGUAAUUUUGGAGAAACCAGCUCGAGUGCGCUAGAAUUUGAAAAUACACAGCCGGAAAAAAUCUGCCACUUCUUUACAGAGCCCCUCCUCCAACACACACGAACGCGCACAUGACCAAUGAGGGCACGAGAUAAGUUUGUGCACAGCUGGAAGGCUGACAGGCAGGUAGGCCAUCCAGAUACUUUAGCCGGGCCGGCUAAAAUGAUUGGUCGUGCUUUUUACAGUACUACAGCUUCCACAGAUGACCUUUUUAUAUGGAUUUUUUGUCAAAGCACUUAAGAUAUUCAUUGCUAUCGGGAUGUUAAGAGCAUUCCAUGGAAUAUAACAAAAAGUGUAUCUCGAGCCAGUUUCUCAAACUUACCUACCCCACCUUUAAUAUUAUUGCUUUUAAAUAACAGUUUUUAUUGUAAUAAUACAAUUAUGUGUCAUUUGUUGAUAAUACAUUUAAUUAGGGUCAACGUCUCAGUUAUGUCAGCUUUAAUUAUACAAUGUAUGUUAAUGUCAGGUUGUUUACUGUUGAGUAAUCCUAAAUACAAUGGCUUUUAUAUUGUUAUAAGCUUUUAAACCCAAGAUUUUACCUACUAAAUCUACAAUAGGACGUGUAUGUACAAGUCAACCAGGGAUAUACUGUAUGUGCCACUUUCUUAGGUUAUUAAUCAAAGUCAGAUGAUUUAUUCAUGUUGUGAAAGAGAUUUCUGACUCUAAUGUAUUGUAAGGCUCAACAGUAAAGCAUAUACAGCUUUUCUAUAGUUCUAAGUCACGUUUCAGUGAGAGGCUAUUUGUUGGAGUCAGUGUGUUGCAAUUUGUGCAUACUUUAACCUGCCGCUCUUUCUCUUACGUUACGUUUCAGUGCUUUUAGUAGACGUUCGCUGAUUAAAUGAGUCGUGUGCUGAAUCUGGGAUAUGGAAGCUGGUUUCAGUCUGGUUGAAGCCACUCAAAGUUCAAAUAGCAUGGUUAAACAGUUUUACACUUUAAAGUCCACUUACUGGCUUUUCUAUGAGCUUUCAAUCGCAUCUCACAGUCUUAAUUAAAAGUCAGCUACUUUUAUCAAGUAUUUAAAAAUGAAUAUAUAUUUUUUGUUGAAGAUUUUUUGCCUUUAAUUUGACCGUACAGGCGAAGAUAAUCAAAAAGAAGCGAGAUCGGAUCAAAUCCUGGGCUAUUGAUACUUUUUUAAAGAGUUUAAACGAAUACAUUCAUUUCAAAUUCUACUCCUGAUUUCUAAAUGACCAAAAACAGAGAGGUAGGGAGAGGCUAUUUGUUGGAGUCAGUGUGUUGCAAUUUGUGCAUACUUUAACCUGCUUUAUUAAGCUCCUUCUCUUAACUUUCCAUGUUCUGUACAGUAUAAGUGGUUCUGCACAUACGUUGUGCCUCCACGGACUGAAUUUACACAGGCACAAAUAAGGGACAUAUUCUGUUCAAUUGGAUAUUUUAUUUGCUGUUUAUCAUUUGUAAUUUUUCUCUUUUAAAAGUUCCAGUGCAGAGUUUUGUCCUUGUGGACCAGCAGUCAGAGUCUCUUUUGCCCCAGUGAUUGUUCUGUGCCAUGCGGGGCCCUGAGGGCCACACCACUGAUACUCUGCUAUGAACUCUCAUAAAUGUGUCAAACUUUUGUUGCCUUCUAUAUAGUAAAACAUUUCAAAUAUCA